AUGCAAAUUUGGACAUCUCAAGUAGUAGCAGCAGGACUUCCUAUAUCUGACGGGAUAUUGAAAGAAAAAGGGUUAGAGUUUGCUAGAAUAUUAAAUAUAGAAGAUAAAUUAAAAUAUGCAAAUGGUGAAGCUAAUAGUGCACCAUUUAAUACUCUUCCAAAAGAGCGUACAAAGUUACGUAUGAUUUUAAAUGAAUAUAGUUAUGAUAAUAUUUAUAAUGCUGACAAAACAGGACUUUUUUUUCGAAUGGAACCUAAUCAAACACUUAUACUUAAUCCUCAUUGCUUUAAAAAUUUCAACAGAUCAGCACUUCCAGUUAUUUAUCGUACUAACUCUAAAGCAUGGAUGUGUGCAGAUAUAUUUAUUGAAUGGCUUAAUUAUCUUGAUAAUUAUUUUCGAACAAUGAAUAGAAAAAUAGUACUUCUCAUUGAUAAUGCAGGUUCACAUUUUAAUGCAAAAAGAUUAGAAAAAGAUAAUUCUGAUAUCUUUGAAGAUGAAUUUGACAAUGAACAGAGAUCAAAAAAUGAAGAAAGUGAUAGUGAUGAAGAAGAAGAAAUAUUACCAGUAUUGGUUAAAGAUGUAGUUAAUGAUCCCGAAAAGUGUGAUUUUAGGAGAG